CGUUUUUCCUGCAACGAGAGACGUGCCAAGCCAGUGCAGCAGGUGUCCUGCUGGGCGAUAACAGACAGCUCCUCUCAACUCUGCUGGACGAGCAGUCCGAAACACAAUAAUCCGUCCGUUCAGAGAAAUGGGAGUUGGAGCAUAUUAUCAGGCAGAUUUUGGCCGACUCGCCCCGCCGACAGAGAGUGAAAGCCACUUCAUUGUCCCGUCUGACCUUUACACGGCAGAUGUUUGAUGCACAAAGCCAAGUGCCGGGUGGAAUCCGGCUAGUGUUUCAGCUUGUUCCCAAGACCGAUCCAACUGCUCUCAGAAGAGUAAGACGGAGACAGAAUGUAACAAGGAAGCAUCUCACGCGCUGACAGCAAGAAAACCUUUUAUGAAGGGGAACGAACUGAUCCGAGCAUUCUCCAUGGCUUCCCUCCAUCUGAACACAAGAUAGAAAUCGAAAUGCUUACCAGAGAAAAUCAAUAUGUUUGUUUUUUGUGGAGAAUUUUCUUUUGAAUAAACAUUCGAGGAACUUGUACAGUUGUGCUACCAGCUAUUCAAAUGUCCCACAUUUUGCAUAAGUCUUGCAUCAUAAAAGCCUGAAGAUAAGAAGAGAGACUUUGUGGACACUGUCUGCACAAUAAAACAUGAAAAAACAUGACAGAACUUAAAGGAUUUAGUGAAGCUAACUUGCAAGAAUGUUGUUUAUUAGCUCAUAAAGUAUUGGGAUUGUAGUUUUAAACACUUGACAAAUCUCUUUCUGCUUGUAAAGAUUUUACGAGGCAGCUAGAGUGAAAUGCUGACUACCGAGUCCAGACUGCAACUGUGUCAGCGACUGAUGGACCUUAAUUAGAAUAAAUGUAGGUCGCAACCUUAUUUCGAUUUAAGUCAUGUCAGCUUGCUUGUUGCUGUGGCUUUGAUUUUGCAUAUUGUACAACUGAUGGAAAAUUUCAGUAUUGUUUGUUUUCCUGUUUUCACUUUUGCAAAUACUCUAUGGUUUGAACGUGCAAGAGGCUAUAAGAUCCCACUCGCUGCAUCCACAAAAGAAAGUAAGAAUGUAAGUGUCGAAGAACUUCCUUCUGCCAGCUUUCUGGGUCUUUCCAUGUGACUGAGAGCACUCUGGAUUCCAUUACCCUCCGGCCAGCAGGGCCAGCAGUCCGUGGGGGGUGAGGGGCCAGAUCCAGUUUCAGGGAGAAAAUGUCCCCCUCUCUUUCUCUCUAUCCUUCUCCCUCUCUCGCUCUGUGUAGCAUCUAUCCCUGUUUUUUUUUUCUCUUUUUCACGGCCGACGGUUUCAAACUUUUCGCCUCAUUCCAGUUCAAGCUCCUUUACCGCAUAGCAACGCUCCAGCUCCUGCCACGUCAUUGGUCAAUUAUUCAAUUUAAAUCCCCGUUUUGCGGCCAAUCAGAUGCGCCUGCAUGGCCACGACGGUGCGUGCUCUCUGAUUGGUCAAACCCACCGGUCAGCUGAGCGCGAGAAGGUAUAAAUACUCCUCAGGAGUUGGAGCCGGUGUGUGUGCGCGUGUCAGUGUGAGCGAGGAGGGCGGUGGGCGCUUGGAUGUAUUUAUUUAAAAACCGCCUAAACUGAAAGAUCUCGACUUUGCACCGAACAACUUUUGAGGACAGCGGUCCAGUCCAGGACACGGCACGACUCUCGCCAUGGUUGCCACGAGCACGCUCAAGAGCAAAGGCAGCGACCAUCACCAGGAAUGGGUGGAGAGAAGACCGGGGCAGGUGUACAUCGAGAAAGCCUUGGAUUCCUGGGAUUGCUCUUCGUCGGAGCUGCAGAGGAACGCCGACGCCACCGAGGAGCAAACGUGUCAACAGCUGGCCAAGAUGUUCGAGAGCUGCCUGUCACGGGCCAAGAAGACGACGCUCCACUGCUCCACCGUGCUGGUGCCCGAGAAGCUGACCAAGAGGAUAGCCCGCGAAGUCCUGCGGCUGGCGGCCUGCGAGCCCUGCGGCCUGCGCGGCUGCGUCCUGUUCGUCCACCUCGAGCAUGACAAGGGCUGCUGCAAGCAGCUGGAGCGCAUCGCGUGCGACGCCACCGUGGUGCCCACCUUCGAACUCUCCCUGGUUUUCAAGCAGGACGGCACCGCCUGGCCCAGCCUGCGGGACUUCUUUUUCAUGGGGACCUGCUUCGCCCCCGCCUUCAGACACGCACUCAAGCUGAGUCCGAGCUUCCGGCUCGUCAAGAGAAAACUGUACUCCUCCUCGGCUGGCACCGUGGUGGAGGAGUGUUGAGCUGGUGGAGCUCGGAGACUUGGGGGGGGUUGGAUUUCCUGUGGGUUAAUACACUUCUGAUCAAAAUGUCAAUGACACUAAAGUGGUGUCAGAAUUUCUACUGUGUUUUUGUACGUUGCUCUUUGUCAGCUGAUCUGCUUGCCAGUCGGCUCGGGAUGCAAAAGUGGAAGUUUGAUUGUUCUGGAUUUGGGUUUGUGGUUUGAAAGUUUUUUAUCUGUAAAAUAAGUCAUGGAUGACUUGGUGUUCCGAAUGCGUGAACUUGUCGCUUAAAUGCUUUUUUUUUUUUUAAUAUAUAAACGAUCGCACAGAUUACCAAUGAAUGUAAAGUGAUGUUCACUUAAAGUUUAAGAAGAACGUCCGAUGGGUACACAAAAAUGCACUUUGUUGACGCAUCCUGCUUGUUUCCUCUGAAUGUGGAGCAGCCGUUAACACUCCUAGGCUCCUGUUGGGAACUAAAACGUAGUCUUUUGUAGCUCGUAGUGCAAUGCUGUAAUUGGAGUAGUCGAUGUGUCUCUGUUCCUGUGAUGCUGCUGUCUUGGUGUGGGGUCUCUCACAAGAGGAAUUUAAAUGCCUUAAAACUCUUACAAUGUAAAUUUUUCUCUCGUUUCUGGAGUUUUUUUCCCCCCUGUUGCUCUUCUUCAAAGCAGAAGCCUGAUCCAAGUGAAAUGUUGCGUCACUGAAAUGUGGAAUCCCUGUCUGUCUCUUUUUUACAAUCUGACUGGGUUUGCAAACAGCCUUAUGGCCCGUCUUGUAUUUCAACUGUUUUUGAUCGCUCAUGUUUAAUGCCACGACAAUUUGGCAAUAAAUAAUUUAACACCUU